AUGGAGCAUGACGAGACAGGAUGCCAGUCUCCUCCUGAAUGCCCUGUUUUGUGUGUCAACAAUUGUGGCUUCUUCGGAAGUCCGGCCAACAUGAACAUGUGCUCGAAAUGCUACAAAGACCUAAUAUUGAAACAAGAACAAGCCAAGCUGGCCGCCUCAUCAAUCGAGAACAUUGUUAAUGGGUCUACCGAGCCGCAAUCUGUUGCUGUGCUCGAUAAAAGUGCAGAAGCUGGCUCAUUACUGGAUGCAAAGGCCGUAAUAUCUUCUCCUUCAGUUAAUAGUGCCUCGAGCUCAGCCGAUCCCAGUGAGCUCAAGGCGGCUCACGGCCCUAAUAAGUGCACAUCUUGCAAGAAACGAGUCGGUUUGACCGGGUUCAAGUGCCGGUGUGGGAAUCUGUUUUGCGGAGCACAUCGUUAUUCGGACAAGCAUCCCUGCCCGUUUGACUACCGCACAGUGGGCCGGGAUGCAAUUGCCCGAGCCAACCCUGUUGUGAAGGCAGAAAAGCUCGAUAAGAUUUAG